GUAGUCCAAGUCAAGCUGGGCAGAAUCAAGAGGAGAAGAAGAGUAAGAAGCUAGUUAGCUGCUUCAAUGGCGCCGGCGGACAGUCACGGGGAGUUUCUGGAAUUGGAGGACGCCUUGAGGUACAUGAAGAUGGUGAAGAACCGGCACCCGGCGACGUACAGCGAGUUCCUCCGCGUCAUGGUUGAUUACAAGAGGGGCAGGAUCGGCGUCGCCGAGGUGGCGUCGACGGUGGCGGCGCUGUUCCGGGACACCCCCUACCUCAUCGCCGGCUUCAACGCCUUCUUGCCCAAGCGCCACCGGAUCCGUCUAUCAGACGAACAGGCCGCGGGUUUAGAGAAGCCGACGACCUUCGUGAAGGCGGUGAUGAACACGAACCCGGCCACCUACCGCGAGUUUCUCCGCAUCAUAUUCGACGAAUACGGGAGGGACGGGAUCGCCAUCGGCAUCACAGAGGUGGCGUCGAGGGUGGGAGCCCUGUUCCGGGAUAGCCCGGACCUCAUCGCCGGCUUCAACGCCAUACUGCCGAGAGAGCACAAGAUCGAGGUCGUCGGUGGGGUGGAUGAGCAUGAGCUUGCCGCUCGUUUCGUGAGAGAAGUGAGCCUAGAUGACCACAAUGACGAUAAGAUCCACGAUGGAUAA